UCUCUGAAGCUCAAUUUGUAACGGCUACCUAGAAUUCUAAUAAAGAAAAAGUCCAAGGGGGUGCUGUCAAGUAAUGAGCCUCAAGAACGAAGACAAAAGGCAAGGGUGACAAUUGCAAGGAGUGACACGUACAUUUCCGAAAAUGAGUACUACACCUCAAAGGGCUUCUAGAGGACAAGAUAACCAAGAAGAAGUAUCCAAUUCCCUUGAAUCAAAUAAAUUAUUAGAUGAGAGGACAAAAAGAUUUCAAUAUCUUGACACUUCUGUCAGUCUUUAUCAAGCUGCCCUGAAAGGUGAUUGGCCAGUUGCUAAGGCUCUAAUUAAGAAAUAUCCAGAUAUCUUGGGUCGUCCCAUAACAGAAGGGAAUGACACAGCUCUUCAUAUCGCAGUUUUAGCUGAACGCACCGCUUUUGUAAAACAACUAGUCAAAUGGAUGACUCCGGAUCACAUAGCAUUGCAAAACCAGGACAAAAACACAGCCCUUUGCUUUGCUGCUGGAUCAGGAAUCGUGUUAAUUGCUAAGGAGAUGGUGGAAAUGAACAAGAAACUGCCAUUAAUCCGUGGUAGCGACGAAAGGACACCACUUUACACGGCAGCUUUGCACGGACGUAGAAACAUGGUGUCGUAUCUAUACUCUGUGACUCCUUUUGAGGAUUUGACUCCUGCUGAACGCAUUGAUAUCCUUGUUGCCACUAUUUCUACUGAUAUGUAUGAUGUAGCAUUGACAAUUCUGAAAAAGGAUCGAAAAUUAGCAACUAUGAGGGAUAGCUAUGAGAAUAUAGCAUUGCAAGAGCUGGCUAGAAAACCUUUUGCAAUCGGCGACAGAAGUCAGCUAUAUCGAUGGGAAAGAUGCUUAAACUCCAGGUUCGAAGGGGUGUGUAACAAAGCUUUGAUGCAGACAUUAGCUCAUGAAUUAGUUGAACUCCUCUGGAGAGAGGUUCUAGUACUGCCAAAACAGCAGUUCUCCAAACUACUUAAAGAUCAUUCGACUUUACUUUUUGAAGCUGCAGAAUUAGGAAAUGUUAAUUUUCUAAUUAUACUUAUACGCUCUUAUCCUGAUCUCAUAUGGAGAGUAGACGAGAAUAAACGAAGCAUAUUUCACAUUGCUGUUAAAUUUCGGCAAGAAAAUGUGUUCAAUCUAAUAUAUGAGAUAGGCGCUAUCAAGGGUAUCAUUGCACAAUAUACUGAUACAAACAAUAACAACAUGCUGCACUUAGCUGGACGAUUGGCUCCUUUAGAUCGACUAAAUAUCAUAUCAGGAGCACCCCUUCAAAUGCAACGAGAGUUACUGUGGUUUAAGGAGAUAGAAAAUAUUGUGCCGCCUCCAUACAAGAAAAUGACAAAUACAGAUAAACACGGUGAACCUGCAUAUACACCUUGGGAAUCAUUCAUAGGGAACCAUCAAAAGUUAAAAGAAGAUGGUGAAAAGUGGUUGAAAGACACAUCAAACUAUUGCAUGCUUGUGGCGACAUUGAUAGCUACUGUGGUCUUUGCUGCAGCUUUUACUGUACCAGGUGGUAACAAUCAAGAAACGGGAACACCUGUAUUUUUGAAAAGUAACUGGUUUUUGGUGUUCUUCAUAUCAGAUGUAGUGGCACUGCUCUCAUCUUCAACUUCGAUACUAAUAUUUUUGUCAAUUCUCACUUCACGUUAUGCAGAAGAGGAUUUUCUCGUGUCACUACCUGCAAGGUUGUUGUUUGGACUUACAACACUCUUCACCUCUAUAGCAAGCAUGGUUGUAGCUUUUAGUGCAACCUGCUUUUUGGUUUAUGACAGUGAAAUGUCAUGGGUUCCAAUUGUUAUACUUGCUUCUGCCGGUUUCCCAGUUACUUUAUUUGUCGUUCUACAUUAUCAACUUUGGGCUGAUAUUUUUCGAUCAACAUACUCGUCCAGAUUUCUUUUUCGGCCAUACAAACGUAAGUUAUUUUAGCAAAAGAUGUUGAUUGGACAGAUGAUCAGCAGAAAAUCUAGAAUGCAAGUGAAAAAAAGAGGAAGACAAACUGUUAAGAGGAAGGCAAGAGUUUUUAAACAAGGAAGGCUGAAGAAAGA